UUCGCGGGUAGCAAUCAAAUUAGAUACAUUGAUACAUACAUAGAUACAGAUCUCCGUCCAUAAGCAGUUUCUCGUCCACAUCGUCGUCAUCUAAAUCAUUUCUCAACAUUUUCUCUUUUGUAAGGCAGCUAACAUGGAUGGUGGGAACAGGGGCCAAAAUGGAAUCCAAUCACUGUUAUCAGCAGAGCAAGAAGCUCAGCAAAUUGUCAGUGCUGCCCGAAAUGCCAAGUUGGCUCGACUAAAACAGGCCAAGGAUGAGGCUGAGAGAGAAGUGGCUGAAUUCCGUGCUCAGAUGGAAGCUGAUUUUCAAAGAAAAGUUGCUGAGUCGAGUGGCGACUCGGGUGCCAAUGUGAAGCGUCUUGAUAAGGAAACAGAGGGAAAGAUUCAACACCUGAAGACCGAUGCUGAUAGAAUUUCACAUGAUGUUGUUGAAAUGCUUUUGAAGCAUGUCACCUCCGUUGGCUACUAAUAAAUCAUCUCCAAAGUUGACAAGACGUAUGAUUGUCUAGUGUUAACGUGGUUCUCCCUGCGUGUAUUCUAGUAUAUUCAAUCAUUUAAUCGUACAAUUCUUGAGUUCUUGAAUAAAAAUUCGUUAUUGCUGCUUGUUUGAAAAAA